GGUUGUGAACCAGAGCCCUAAUUUUCCCAUCAUUUCCCUCCCACACACACACUCUUCCUCUAACCUCCUUCCCACUCCCCCGCUUACUCCCUCCUUCCCUCCCUCCUCCGUCAUCCCUCUUUCCCUCCACUGUUACGGAGCAUAAUUUUUCAGGUCAUCUCAAUCUUUCCAAUUUUUGAAGACCACUUCAGCCAUACUGAACUUCUACUCAUUAGUUGAACUGCCUGGUUUAGGAGUACUUGAAACUCUCAUUUGUUUGUACAAUAACUUGGAGCUCUUUUUAUUCGUAUUGGAAGUUUGUGCAACUCUGCCAACAUGUCAUAUAUGUUACCCCAUCUUCACAAUGGUUGGCAAGUUGACCAGGCCAUUCUGUCAGAGGAAGAUCGUGUUGUUGUCAUUCGUUUUGGUCAUGACUGGGAUCCAACUUGCAUGAAGAUGGAUGAGGUGUUGUACAGUAUUGCUGAAAAGGUGAAAAAUUUUGCUGUUAUUUACCUUGUGGAUAUCACCGAGGUACCAGACUUCAACAAGAUGUACGAGUUAUAUGAUCCAUGCACUGUUAUGUUUUUCUUCCGAAAUAAGCACAUCAUGAUUGACUUGGGUACUGGCAACAACAACAAAAUUAAUUGGCCAAUGGAAGACAAGCAGGAGAUGAUUGAUAUCGUUGAAACAGUUUACAGAGGAGCUCGCAAGGGACGGGGUCUUGUGGUAUCGCCAAAAGACUACUCCACAAAAUACAGAUAUUGAAGUAUUGUGCAAGUACAAAUGAACAUUUUGCCAUAUACUUCAUCCUGGAUUACUACCAUUGUAAAUAAAAUACCAGCCUUUCAACUUUAUUUCCGUUUAAACAUUUGCACUGAAUACCGUCAUUAUUUUAUAUUAUAUAAUGCAAAACAUGUGUACUGUAAAUGAAUGGAAAAUUGUGGUUGUUUUCUGCUGUCCUUAAAAGAAAGUUUGGAAUAUUUGCCAUCCUAACUUUUACAUAAAUGUGACCCAACUGUAUGGUAAUAAAUUAUAUUUUUAGUUUAGAAAAUUUGAAUCAUUACAGUUUGUGCCUUUUUGACAUCCAAGUAAAAAUAGAACAGCUCAUGACUAAUGGGAGGUUGUUUAUUAUGUUGCUGUCUUAGCAGAUUGGAAAGGCAUAAGUCAACAUCUCUUUGGAAUAGCAGUUGUGUUAUUUGUGUUUACAGGACAAGAUUUUUUGGUUAUCUGCCACAUGGUAGCUGACUUUCUAAAGAUAUAAAUUAUAAACUACUUCUGAAUAAAAUAUGUUAUUAUUUGUAUCAUUUGCUCUGGAUGUCUGUUGUUUAUAUUGCCAAGAGGUAAUCUCACCAAAAAGUUAUGGUGGACUUAGGAAAAAUUUGAAGUAUAGUUAUUAUAAAUGUUGACAUGUAAUUGUAUUUUUAAAAUUGCAUUGUUUAGUUUUAGGAAUAUGCCCAAGCUUAGAAUAUAUAAUGUUGGUUUUCCUAUUAAAACUGCAUGCCGAACAUUUUUUCUGCAAUGGAUAUUUCUAGAGAGAUGUAAUGCUGGUUCAUACCAUUGUAGAAUUACACAAUGGCCCUAACAAUCUCAGAAUAUAUUUUCUGUAAUGAAGGAAUCUUACUGGAAAGAGAAAAUUAUCUAGUAAUAUUAGUCAUGUCUGCACUUAUGAAAUAGCUAAUUGCAAACGAUCACAACGUUGUCAAAUUCAGUGUCUUUCUUUUAAAAAUGAAAGUGGUAUAAAAACUGAUUAGAAUUGAGGCAAAUGCAAUGUUAGCAUUCAAGAGGACUGGAAUAUAAAAAGAAAGGAUGUAAUGCUGAAGCUUUAUAACCCAUUGGUCAGACCAUAUUUUGAAUAUUGUGAGCACAUCUAAGGAAGGAUGUGCUGGCAUUGGAGAGGGUCCAGAGGAAGUUUAUGAGAAUGAUCCUGGGAGUGAAAGGGUUAACAUAUGACCCCCAUUUGGCGGCUCUGGGCCUGUACUUGCUGGAGUUUAGAAGACUGAUGGGGUUCUCCUUGGAAUCUACCAAAUAUUGAAAGGCUUAGACAGAGAUGUUUCCAAUUCGGGAGAGUCAAGAACUAGAGAACACAGCCUCAGAAUACAAGGACAUACCUUUAGAUGAGAUAUGAAGAGGAAUUUCUUUAGCCAGAGUGUACUGAAUCUGGAAUUCAUUGUCACAGAUGUCUGUGAAGACCAAGUCAUUGAGUAUAUUUAAAGCAGAGGUUGAUGGGUUCUUGAUUACUAACAGCAUCAAAAGUUAUGGGGAGAAGGCAGGAGAAUGGGGUUGAGAGGGAAAAAAAUAAAUCAGCCGUGAUCAAAUGUUGCAGGAGACUCUGGGCUGAAUGACCUAAUUCUGCUCUAAUGUUAUAUGGUACUUUCCGUACCCUGAAAGCUCAACAAACUACUAGAAUAUGAUCCUGAAGAUAACAUGGUUUGAUAGUUACUUUGGCCAAAAAAAACAGUUAAUGUUUCAGGUCAAUUACCUUUUGCUAAAUUGCUGGCUAAGGUCAUCACAUUGAAAUGUCAAUUCUCCACAGAUGCUGAUUGAGAUUUUCAGAUUUCCAUCAUCUGCAGUAUUUUAUCUCUUUACCGCACUCUUUCAACUGCAUGAUUUUGGCAACUAAAUGUUCAGGCUUGAUCAAAAUAAUAGCAUUUUUCUCUGAAGGUCAAAACUCUCAAGUGUCAGUAUAAAAGUAGUGAGCAAUAUUGUCACUUUACACACAGAUGUAUACAUCAGUAGGAACUAAUCUUGAUUAUUUAGGAAUCAAAAGCAGUGAUUUUUUUGUUAAAUUGUGUGACUCUGUAAAUCACCUGUUGGAUCAAUUUGUUUGCCUGU